CGCGACAAAACGAAUUUAUGAAUCGAGCGAAAGCGGGUUAGGAUUUAUUGUUAAGAUUUCGUGUACGCGCGCUCGGUUUUUCCUUCGUCAGGUGUGCCAAUAGUCGAGCGACGCGCUGUCCGAGAUCGAACCUGUAUAUUGGCAUCGUAGUGUAUGUGCACGUUGUAGAGAUGGCGUCUCGAAAAAAUCGUAUCAGCUAAAUCGUAGGCAUUGCCACUCUCAAGCUUUUCUCUAUACAUAUCGCGUGAAGUUAUCCCUCCCUCGCGUUUUCCCGCGGAUUUUGUUAGGAUCGUGUGUGGAGUUGGCGAUGUGCUGUGCCUGUUAUUUAACGCGAUGUUCGUUUAAAUGCCACAGAGUACACACUCAUCGGCUCGUAAUUCCCUCAGUGCGCCUCCAUUGUUCAUGUGACGACGCGUUCGCGUUCUCCGCACAACCAGCUGAAUUGUCUCUGCGAAUUAUUCCGAUUCUCGUUUAGGUUAUAGCGGCAAGACACUGACAGAUCCGUCCGUAGUAACGUUUAGGGAACGUGACAUCGCGAUAUUUUGAAAAUAGCGUAAAAAAGUUUUUAUGCUUUGUUCUAGGUUUAACAAAUAAAAAGUAUGGACGUUUCGACGGAAGACAACGAUUGUACAGUAGAAGUAGUCACACCUGGGAAGAAAAAGAAAAUGAAGCAAGCACAACUGCCAUUUCAAAUGUUGAAUACUUCCAAAUCGCCAAGCAGUAAAAACAAUGUGUCUGAUAAGAAGAAAAAGAGGAAAUUAAUGUCACCUUUAGUGGGGUCUAAGAGUCCAAAGGUCGUAAAACUUGAAACAAAAGAGAAUUUGGUCAGGAGUAUACCUGAGAAGGAAAGAGAAAAUAUGAUCGAGAAGAAACUUGAUGGUAGCAGUGAUAGCAUUGAAAUAAUACCGAUUGACGAGGAGAAGGACCUAGAACAAAGUGAUCAGCAAAAGAUCAAGAAAAGUUUGGAAAAUACACCCAAAAGGAAUCUAGGAAAAAAUAAGAAAUUGGAUAGAUCUGAACAAAAGCAUGGUGCCUUAACUAAGUUUCUCAAGAGGACAGAGAGGGAAGAAGAAACUGAUAUUAAUCAUGAUAAUAAUUUAAAAGAUAAAAAGAAUUGUCCAGAUACACCUGUACAUAAGGAAAAAAAUUGUUCGGAAGUUGAUAAAAGUUCAGAUGCACAGUUUAUUCAAUCUGAAUUGCAAGAUAAAUCUCAUCUAAAUGAAAUGGAUGAUCAAGUUGCUAAUAAGGAUGCAAAUUGUUCUGCUGUGGAAUCAGACUGUGAUAUUACUAUUUUAACUUCGGAUAAUGAAACUUCAAGUGAGUUAGAUAAAUCAAUAUCAAAUAGAAAUGAGGAAGUCACAGAAAAUAAAGAGACAACACCUGCAACUUCUGUUACUCCAAAAACUGACAAAAAUAUAAAAAGAAUUAAAAGAUUAACACCGAAACAAUUGGAAAAGAGAGAAGAAAUUGCCAGAAGAAAAGAAGAAAGGCUAAAAUUAAAAAUGGAAAAAGAAAAAAAACGAGAAGAGGAGAAAGCAAAUCGACGAAGGGAGAAAGAGGAGAAACAAAAGGAAAAAGAAGAAAAAGAAAAAAUAGAAAAGGAACUAAAGAAAAAGGAAAAAGAAUUAAAAGAACUUAAGAAACAGAUGGAGCUCGAACAAAAACAAAAAGAGAAGGAAGCGAGAGAAGAAGAACGGAAAAAACGAGAAGAAGCGAAGGAAGAAGAGAAAAGGAAGAAAGAAGAUGAACGGCUGGAAGCUGAACGCAAGAAGCAGAAAGCUGUCUCGAAUUUUGUUAGUUUUUUCGUUCCUAAAAAGCAGGAAGUUAAAUCGAUGGAGGAAGAGAGUGUCGUCAAAGUGAAAAAUUUCAUGCCUUUCGAAAUAAAGGCUGACAUGAGAGUUGCGCCGAUUUGUCGAAGAAAAUUGAGUGAACACGAUAAAUUAUUAUUAGAUAACGAAUGCAACGUAGAUUUAGAUAAAACCAAAUUAUAUCUCGAGAAUAUUAAAACAGGAAAAGUCAUCCCACAUACUUCCUCCAAAACAUGGCCGCUCGAAGCAAAAGACGAUGAUAUCAUCCUGCUAGACGACGACAACGACGGCAGUUCCAACAUAAUUACGAGCACUCAUAACUUGGAGAAACAUCGACCGAAAUUACUACAGUUCAAUGAGAAUCGUCGUCCUCCAUACUGGGGCACGUGGCGGAAACGAAGCAGCUGUUUAAAUUCUCGGCGACCGUUCGCAAAAGACAAGAAAUGGUUCGAUUAUGAAGUUGAUUCCGACGACGAAUGGGAGGAGGAAGAACCUGGCGAGUCUCUCAAAGGAUCGGACGACGAAAAAGAUGAGGAAAAUCCGGAAGAAAAUGAAUACGAUGUCGACAAUAAGUUUAUGGUUCCUCACGGAUAUUUGUCCGAUGAAGAAGCGCGGGCUGACGAAGAGGAAAUGGAGGAUAUGUCGCCGCAAACACAGAAAAUGAAACUGAAAAUAUUGGGAGAACAAUUCGAAGCUGAAAGAAAUGCGAAGACACACAAACUUAAGCCAAAAAUAAUCGGCUGCAUCUGGCAAGGAUCUGGCAAUUCUUUUCCGGAAUCUAUUCUUCCAAAAGUCAAGGAGUUUUUAUCGGCACGGCAAGUUUGGGUCAACAAUAUACCGAUAAUAUUUCCAUCGUCGACAUCACCGGAAGAGGAUAGUUCGAUUAACGCUGAUUGUAAGACGCCUCAAUCCAUGAGAAAAGCAAGGACAAAGUUUCCCGAUGAGGCUUUACCCGAUCUGAUUCGAUUAGUACACGGGAACAGAUAUGGUAGACACAGUCUGAUGAGAGAGUUUAUGACAUUCUGGAGUAAAAAAGGCGGGAACCAUUUAUCGAAGGUUAGCGUAUUGUCGAAAAUCAAUGAAAUCGCCGAUAGAAUAGCAUGUCCCGAAGAGGGACCAAUGCAUCUCAAAUCCUGCUGGUACGUCCCGGAGGACGUACGAAAGCAAUAUCUUCCCGACGUUGAGUUGUCGUUGCCGAAUCGUUGGAAAUAUAUUUUACCACCGAAAAGCCGGAAAAGCGAUAUUCUAAACGUUGGAGCCGAUAAGACUACGGAGAAAGAAAAAGAGGAAAAAGAUAAAGACAAGGAGAAGAAACACAUACCACUUAUUACUCAAUUUACUAAAAAAAUUACGCAGGAAGAGAUGAAAAAACAACUGGCGAAAUCUGACCAGGAUGAGACGAAGAAAAAAUCAGUAGCAACACCUGAUCUGAAGGAGAUUAAGAAACAAUUGAAUUCGCAUCAGGAGGAGACGAAAAAACAAUCGGCAUCGACAUCUAAACAGGUUUCCGUCUUACCGAAACUACCCCCGCUACAAAGACCUCCUAAACGGGCGACUUUAAUCUCCGUAGGUAGGGGAGAACAGUUUCCGGAAAAAUCUCGACAAAAUAUGUUAGCCAAAUUUGUCAAUCUUGAUAAGAAAAAAGAGGAAGAACAACUACUAGGAUUGAGUAGCAAAAAGAUGGUUGAAUCAGAUGAUGAAGUUAUACUCGUAGAAAGUAACGAUAUGAAUAAAACGAAUCAAAAGUUAGAAUCAAGUAGUAAGUCGUAAAAUUUUUGCGAGAAAGAGAUUUUUGCAAAGGCGUCACGUAGAAAACACAAACGAUCAAUUAAAAAAUGAAAGUGGGUAUGAUAAAAAUUAGGUUAAUACGAACUAGAUAAAUGAUAUAAAUGAUCAAACAAAGACUAUUAUAUGUGUAUAAAAUCUCAUUAAAAAUAGCACAGAAUACGAAAGUAUGUGUAUCGGUAAAUAAUGGGAAGCACUACGUUUAUAUUUGCGUUAAUGUAUCCCAUUUUUUAGAAAAACAUCUAAUCGGUCAUUGAUGUAUAAUUAUAAUAUGUAUAUUUUGGAAUUAAUUAACACUCUUUUAUACAAAACUUUAACGAAUAAUUUUUAUUAUUAUUGUUUCGUAAUUUUCGAACAUGCAAUUUUGUAAAAUAAAAUAUGUUUAUGUUAUAAAAAUAGACAUAAUAUUUUGAAAUAACGAUUGUAUAUUAUAUUUUAUGAAUGCUUUAAAGCAUUACAUAUAGAUAAGACUCUACUCAUAUGACUAUCCAAGUAAUUAAACGAAAUGCUUCCCAUUUAUAAAAUUUAAUUUCUUUAGUAAUAAUAAUAGAUUGUUGAAAAAUCAUAAUUUCGAAAAUUGUUGAAAAUGUAUUCAUAAAUUAUUAGUAUUAAGAAGAUAAGGGCGAAUACUUGUUUAAGUUCCACAAACUGUAUUUUACCGUUUUGUUUCGUAAAAAUAGUCUUAAUCGAACCGCGUGAUAACUGCCAGAUAGUUAUUUCUUUCAUAUAAAACGUAAGCCUUUAUUCGAUUUAAAAUCUAUUCUUGUUAAAUAGCUAUAAAACUUACAUAAAAGGGAGAAAUUCUAGGUAGGAAUAUACACGAACUGCAGCUAAAAACGAUCAACCCGUUUCUUUUCUAAUUUAGAUUACAAUUAAUAACGUAUAACUAUUCUAAACUAAAGUUUAUUUGUUUAAAUUUUCAAGGAUAUUGUACAUUUCUUUAAAAUGUGAUAUAAUCAACCCACAUAAACAAAAAGAUAUCUUUUAGAUUUUUAAAAGAUAUCUUGUCAUAUCUUGAGGUGUCUUGUAUAUUUUUUAAAAAGUUGCGAAAAGACAGCUUUUAGCAAUUUAAAAGAUAUAUUAUGCAACAUUUUGAGAUAAUAUUUCAAAUAUCUAUGAAGGUAUUUUGAAUAUAUCUUUUUUAGAAAUCUUAUGAAAAGACAUCUUAUGUUAUGAAUAUUGUAAUGAAUUUCUAGAAGAUGACUAAAAGAUAUUUUAAAAUGCUUUUUAUUUGUCUUCUAGAAAUUCUUAAAGAUAUCUUUAAUGAAAUAUCUCUUAGAUAUCCACAAGACCUUGAUGUUUUCUAGACAGAUAUCCAUUUUAAUUAUAGAAUUAAAUUAGUGCUGAAAUAUUCGUAAUAUUUUGUUUUUAUUUAAUAAAUUGAUAAACUUGAAUAUCAUGUAGAUGCCUGUAGAUUGAAGAUGAUGUCGAAGUGGCACGAGUUUCGUCCAUACGAAUUCUAUUUUUUACGAGAGCUUCGCAAGUUAACGUUUGCUAAAUAAAAUAUAUUUUAUAUCAACCGAA